AUGGCGGGCUGCGGGGCGCGGGCUGCGCGGGGCUCCGAGGCGCGCCUGAGCCUGGCCACCUUCCUGCUGGGCGCCUCGGUGCUGGGGCUGCCGCUGCUCACGCGCGCCGGCCUGCAGGGCCGCACCGGGCUGGCGCUCUACGUGGCCGGCCUCAACGCGCUGCUGCUGCUGCUCUACCGGCCGCCCCGCUACCAGAUCGCCAUCCGUGCCUGCUUCCUCGGCUUCGUGUUUGGCUGUGGCAUGCUGCUCAGUUUCAGCCAGAAUUCCUGGAGCCACUUCGGCUGGUACAUGUGCUCCCUAGCCCUGUUCCACUACUCCGAGUAUUUGGUCACGGCUGUCAACAACCCCAAAAGCUUGUCCCUGGACUCAUUUCUCCUCAACCACAGUUUGGAGUACACAGUGGCUGCCCUGUCUUCCUGGAUCGAGUUCACACUUGAAAAUUUCUUCUGGCCAGAGCUGAAGCAGAUGACCUGGCUAAGCGUGGCAGGGCUGCUGAUGGUGGUGCUCGGCGAGUGCCUGCGCAAGGCCGCCAUGUUCACGGCCGGCUCCAACUUCAACCACGUGGUGCAGAAUGAGAAGUCGGACAGUCACACGCUGGUGACAAGUGGUGUCUAUGCCUGGUGCCGGCACCCGUCCUACGUGGGCUGGUUCUACUGGAGCAUCGGCACCCAGGUGGUCCUGUGUAACCCUGUGUGUGGUGUCGCCUACGCGCUGACCGUGUGGCGCUUCUUCCGAGACCGCACCGAGGAAGAGGAGAUCUCGCUCAUCCACUUCUUUGGGGACGAGUACCUAGAGUACAAGAAGCGGGUCCCCACGGGUCUGCCCUUCAUCCAGGGCGUCAAGGUGGGGCUCUGACCCGAGGCCCGACCGUCGCACAGGCUGGACUCACCCUGAUCUCUCUUCUGGCUGAACCAACGACGCACCCCAGACCGCAGGAGGGACAGAGGCUGGGUGGGCAGGCAGGCCGCACCAGAACCAGGUAGGGCCAAGAUCCGGGAUGCGCAAAUAAUAGCAAUAUUCACGGUCCCCUCCCCCCAACCACCCCGGAGGGGAGACCCCGGCCACACUACUACCACCACCCUCAGCGAGCCAUUCCGUGAUGAGGUCCGAGGCGGGACCCCGCUGCUCCAAGUCAGGAUCCACAGCGGGCAGAGGGGUCACCAGUGGCCGCCUCCUGGCGGAAGCGUAUGCAAGACUCAUCUAGAACCUUCCAUUCCAAGAGCCCCCGACCACACUGCUCCUCUUCGCCUCGCCAGGUCCUAAGCGCAUGAGCCUCGAGGCGCUGUUUCAGAGACAACUCGAUUCGUCUUCAGCCAAAGCCAUCUGGGUGCCCACCCCCCCCAACCCCAUAUUUAACCAUAGUUAUUUGUCUGGUUUUUAUAAAUAGCAGCUUGAAUUCCCAGGGGACUCUGUGCCAUUCAGAAACACAGACACACUUUUUACCUGGCAGAAGGGGGAUCUGGUAGGUGACAUCAUGUACCCAAGACCUCUGACCAGAAGGGCCCACCUCUGCCCUGCCCGGGGCCGUCAAAGCAACAGACUUGGCAAACUCAUCCUCCAGCGAAAUGCUGCAUCUCUUCACUGGGCAAUCCGUCUCCUCUCUCCCUCACAUUUCUCCCUCCUUUCUCCCCUCUCUCUUUCUCUC